CAGAGGAAUUCAGAACAAUCCAGUCCAAGAGAGAUUAGGAAGCAGAGUAAAUGAGAGAGGGAGAAAGACAAAGGAUAUUUAAUAAGGAGACACAUGACAAGAACACAAGAAGACAGUCAAGAAAGGUUCUCAUUUAUCGAGAGAGAGAGAGAGAGAGAGAUAGAUAUGGGGGUAACAGCAGUUGUGGGUAUGUGCCUGUUGUGGGUAUGUGCCUCAGCUAUGGGGCAGACUGGUGGUAGGAUAGAGACUAGUGGUGGUAGUAUAGAGACUGGUGGUAGUAUAGAGACUAGUGGUGGUAGUAUAGAGACUAGGGGUAGUAUAGAGACUGUCGGUAGUAUAGAGACUAGUGGUGGUAGUAUAGAGACUGGUUCACCUGGUAGAGCAGACCAUUUAACUGGUGAUACUAGUGAUGACACUAGUAGCCCUGAGAUUGUAAUUGGUCAAACCGUUGAUACGGGUAAUGAUGUAACUGGCGUCGGUGGUCCGACUGGUUCCGUGGGCCGUCUGCUGGUAGUACCGAUGGACGGAAGCCACUGGGUGGGGGUUAAGGCCAUCGCCGAGGAGAUGGGUCGCCGUGGACACCAGGUUACCGUGGUGAUCCCCGAGGUGAGCAUGCGUCUGGGCCCCAGCAGCAACUGCAGGACUGUGUCAUAUCCUGUCCCCUACGGCCAGGAGACAGUGGACAUGCUGAUGGACAAGCAUACAGAUAACCUGCGUGCUGCCACACUGCCCCUAGUGGAGCGGAUGACUCAACGCAUGGCUAAUAUCCAGAGUGUCAGCUCCUUCAUACUGACUACUGCUGAGAGUCUGCUGUUCAACACCACACUAAUCACAUCUCUGGAACAGCAGGGUUUUGAUGCGGUGUUGACCGACCCGCUGGUCCCUACAGGCAGUCUGAUAGCCAGGCGUCUGGGCGUUCCGUCUGUGUGUCUGCUCAGAGGGAUCCCCUGUGGUCUGGACCUGGCCUCAGCCGCCUGCCCUUCUCCUCCAUCUUACGUUCCACGCUUCUUCACCAAAUACACACAUAGCAUGAGCUUUCCACAAAGGGUGGGCAAUGUACUGGUGAGGACACACACACGACUGCAUGCACGACCUUACGCACACACACUGCACAUGCAUGCACACACACACACCCUGGGCAGCAGGGUAGCCUAGUGGUUAGAGUGUUGG